AUGUCUCUCUCUAAAAUUUUGGCGGAGGAGUCUCUUCCGGUUGGGUACCGACUUCGCCCUACCGACGAAGAACUCAUCAAUCACUAUCUGAAGUUGAAGAUCAACGGCGAUGAGAAGCAAGUCAGUGUUAUUCGAGAGAUCGAUGUCUACAAAUGUGAACCCUCGGAGGAGUCUCUUCCGGUUGGGUACCGAUUUCGCCCUACCGACGAAGUACGCAUCAAUCACUAUCUGAAGUUGAAGAUCAACGGUGAUGAGAAGCAAGUCAGUGUUAUUCGAGAGAUCAAUGUCUGGAAAUGCGAACCCUGGGAUUUGCCUGAUAAAUCGGCGAUAAAGACGAAUGAUGAAGAGUGGUUCUUUUUCUGUCCUAAAGAUCGCAAGUAUCAGAAUGGGCAUCAAUUGAACAGAGUGACUGUGGCUGGGUACUGGAAGGCCACGGGUAAGGAUAGUUCUAUCAGGUCUCUGAGGAGAACCACUGUGAUUGGCAUGAAGAAGACUUUGGUUUUCUAUGCGGGUCGUGCUUCGAAUGGCCAGAGGACUAAUUGGGUAAUUCACGAGUACCGCGCAACUAGAAUCCUGGGCGAAAGAGAGAGAACAGCAGCAACAGAGUCCCAACAAGCAAGAAAGUUGAAUCGGAAGCUAAUUCGACGGCGAGAAAAGUUUGGUCCCAAUCCCAGACGAGAAGCUCUCUCCAAAACCCUCGCCAUACCCGAAAGUGGAAUAGUUGCCUCCAGUAUAGAACCAGGUAGCAAUGCAGAACAGGUGCAGAAUGGAAGGACGCAUCAAAAAGAAGCAAACUCGCUUCAUCAGGAUCCUCAAUACGAAAAGCAAGAAUUAAAAACCGCCCUGUUGUUGAUGUCUAAUGGGAGCAGUAUGCAUUGGGUCAUUAAGAUGGUUAUGAAAAUGGAUGCUGUUGAGCCCUUCAAUAUUCCAGUGGAUCCUGUUGCCCUGGCAAUACCUGAACAUGCUGCUAACUUUAAAUUUAUGGCCACUGAGAAUUUCGGGUGCAAUAUAUUUGAACCUAAAUGGUUUGGAGGAAACAACUUUCCGAACAUUUUGGAGUGGGUUUUAUUGGAAAGUUCAAGGAUUGAUGGGGAUAAGACUUCAAAGUCGAAAGCUUUGGUUGAUUCAAAGAGUAAAAGUAGUAAAAAGCAUGAUGGUGGUGGUGGUGAGAAGAUUGAAUCAAGUGGGGGUUUAGUGGGAGAGAAAGAAAACAGUAAGAGUAGCAGCAAAGUUAAGGAUUCUAAGAGUAAGAGUAAGAGUAAGAGUAGCAGCAAAGUCUGA